AUGGCCAAGAGCUCGCGCGCCAGCACGGUCAAGGCCAACAACCAGCGCCUCAAGGCCAAGGUCUUCGGCCCCGUCGAGUCCGCCCGCAUGGAGCGCCUGUCGUCCAAGCUGCUCGAGCUGGCCGCCGCCCCCAAGCCGCCGAAGCCCGAGGAGAACGAGAUGAAGAUCGUGGACGACGAGGACGAGAGCGCUAGCGAACAAAAGGCCCCCGAGGCCGACGCCGAAGACGCCGCCAUGGACAUCGACGGCGGAAAGGCUGCGUCCGCGAGCAAGCGCAACCCCAAGGGCCGCAUCGCCAAGAGGCGCAAGACGUCCAAGAUCGUCUUCCCCAAGUACAGCGACCGCAAGCAGGGCAAGAAGAGGUAG